AAAUUAUCUUCACAUUUCUUCACAAGCACACUCUAAACCCUCCCUCUGCUAACAAGUACUCCUCUCUGUUUCUCAUUCUGUGGACAGUUCAAGCAAUAGUUAUGGCAAUUCCAACCCCAUUUCUGUUACUCUUGCUAUUUCUUUUACCUUCCUUCAUUUUCUCUUCCCCAGUUCAAGAUCCUGAAUUAGUAGUCGAAGAAGUACAAAGGAGCAUUAAUGCCUCAAGGAGAAACUUAGCAUUUCUUUCAUGUGGGACAGGAAACCCCAUUGAUGAUUGUUGGAGGUGUGACCCGAAUUGGGCAAAGAAUCGUAAGCGCCUAGCAGAUUGUGCCAUUGGAUUUGGCAAGCACGCCAUUGGAGGCAGAGAUGGUAAAAUCUACAUAGUCACUGACCCAGGUGAUCAUGCAGUGAACCCAAAGCCAGGAACAUUAAGAUACGGUGUGAUCCAAGAAGAACCACUAUGGAUCAUCUUCAAACGUGACAUGGUGAUCAAGCUGAAACAAGAGCUCAUGAUGAACUCAUUCAAAACCAUUGACGGUAGAGGAGCAAACGUGCAUAUAGCUGGUGGACCAUGCAUCACUGUGCAAUUUGUGACAAACAUCAUCAUCCAUGGGAUCAACAUCCAUGACUGCAAAAGAGGAGGGAAUACUUAUGUGAGAGACUCACCUUCACAUUAUGGUUGGAGGACACUCUCUGAUGGUGAUGGGGUUUCUAUCUUCGGUGGGAGCCAUGUUUGGGUGGACCAUUGUUCUCUGUCCAAUUGCCGUGAUGGAUUGAUUGAUGUCAUUCAUGGAUCUACAGCUAUCACUAUCUCUAACAAUUACAUGACCCACCAUAACAAGGUCAUGCUUUUGGGCCAUAGUGAUUCUUUCACUCGUGAUAAGACUAUGCAGGUCACCGUUGCCUUCAACCAUUUUGGAGAAGGGCUAGUGCAGAGGAUGCCAAGAUGCAGGUAUGGAUACUUCCAUGUGGUAAACAAUGACUACACGCAAUGGGCAAUGUAUGCCAUAGGUGGGAGUGCUUCUCCAACCAUCAAUAGCCAAGGCAAUAGAUUUUUUGCUCCUAAUGAUGGGACCUUCAAAGAGGUAACAAAGCGUGAGAAUUCACCACAGAGCCAAUGGAAGAAUUGGAAUUGGAGAUCUUCAGGGGAUUUGAUGUUAAACGGUGCCUUCUUUACAGCAUCAGGGGCAGGUUCUUCUUCAAGCUAUGCCAGAGCAUCAAGUUUGGCAGCAAAAUCAUCAUCAUUGGUCAGUACUAUCACAGCAUCAGCUGGAUCACUUAGCUGCAAAAAGGGCUCCCGCUGCUAGCUGAUGAACCACAAAGUAUCAUGCAUAGUAAUAAAUUAAGGCAAAAAUUACCAUAUGCCAAGUGUAUCUACUUUUGGAGAAACAAAAAAAAAUGAUUCAACUUUUUUGUACAUUGAACUUUUUAGACAUUUUGUUUUGUAACUACAACCUUAGCUUGUGUUUACAAAUACAAUAGUUUGAUGAGGCUGAUAGACACAAGCGAAAGAGUUGAUAUAAUUGUAUGUUAAGUGGAAAAGCAGAAAGGAGAAAAAGCAGGUUCAAUGGAAAUUUAUUAUACUUCCCCUA